GAAUUUUGAUACAAAAGAGGUAACUGUUUUGGUAGGGUGAGGGAAGAGUAUUCAAUUCAUUGAUUUUAUUUAAGAGAAGAAUUGAAGAAGAGGCACUUAGCUAGCUAGCUUGACGUUGUUGGUCUCUGAUCUGUCGUUCAUCAUCGGCGCGGGCGCACUCGAUUGAAAGCCAAAUGCAAUGCCCGCGCGCGCGCUGCCGGCCGCGGCUAUAUAUAUAGCUAUCAGGAUCGAAAGUGUCCGGCGAUCGAGCGGCGCGGCCGGCCCAACAGCUAGCUAGCUAGAUUGAUCAAUCGGAAUUCGGAACCAUAUAUAUAUCAUGAUGAUGAGGUGUACGCGACAUCUGGCCGACAUGAGCAGCGCAAUCGGCGUUUGUGCUUCUUGCCUUCGUGAAGAGCUGCUCGCCAUCAACGAUGCCCAGGCCCGUACUCUUCAUCAUCAUCAUCAUCAUGAGCCUGUUGCAGCUUUCCCGCGCUCCGUUUCGCCCUAUACCGACGCGGGUACCUGCCGCCGCCAACCCGUUUUCUACGCUACUCCACAGGUUGGCCCCAGCGGCCAGCUCAUUUCCUGGGAAGAUCAGUAUGAGGCGGCUCACAGGAAGAAGAGGCAGAACGGGCGGCGGCGGCGCUCCCUCUUCUCUCAUUUAUUCAACAAGCCUACUACUAAGUCAUCCGGCCGUCAUCCCGAGGACUCUGAUGAUCCCUCGUCCGCCGCUUAUAAGACUUCUCCUUCUUCUUCAUCCACCACCAGCUGGUUCUCCAGAGUUCUCGGUCGUAAUCCGGACAAGAAUAAUAAUAAUAAUAAUAAAUUCCAUACUAUUUCGUUCCGGGAUCGUGAUCAUCAUCAUCAACAGUCUACUUCUACUGCCGCGGCGGCCAGACACACUGUUGAAGACGAAGAGGACGGCGGAUCGAGUGGGUGCUCGUCACGGUCCGCCGCCUCCCCGAUCCGGAAACAGAGCACUCCGGCCAGCUCCUUGCCGCAGGAGAGAGGCGGCGGCAGAAAGAGCGGCGGUUCGAGCCGUGGGAUGACGACGACGUUCUGUUUAAGCCCCUUGGUGUGGGCCAGCCCUAAUAAUAGGCGGCAGAAGGCGGGACUGUCGCCGGAAGUGGUGUAUUCUGGGGAGAAUACUGUUCCGACGACUCCUUUGGACAAGACCCGUUCGAGAAAAUUUGGUGAUUUCGGGAGGUUCCGUCACAAUCAUUGAACGUACGUACGUACGUACGAAUUGAACGACGGCCAAUCAUAUCCUUAAGUAGCUAGCUAGCUAGCUAAUUGUUGGUUGCACAACUCACGGCGUGGCUAGCUUAGCUUGAAUCGAAAAACAAACGAAGGAAAUAACAUGUACACUUAGCUUGCAGCAGCUUCAAUUCGGAGUGAUCGAGCAGAAUGAUGCAACGUUUUAAGGGGAAAAGCUAGCAGCUAUAGGGCAAAACCCCCGGCCGGCCUUAGCUUCAAGUUAAUCAUGAUCUGAUGAUAUACAUAUACGCCGCCAUUCAUUUUUAAUUUGUGUGUUUGAAAUUAAAAUCCAUCUUUAAAAUAUCACAACCCCCUUUGAACAUGUAUGUGCGCGCAGUAGUUAAAAUGAAAUCGACUGCUUUUUAAAUUAAUAAUUUAAUAAAAGUGGGGGAAUAUGUGAAAACCUGAACGAUUUGAUACCUUAAAUUGAUUACCGCUGAUUUGCCUUCACUAACUAAACUACAAUGAUUGUUGUCAUCUCUCUCAUACUGAAGCCACAUUCCUCUUCUCUCUAUACAUGUAUGACUCAAUCUACAUUCCAUAUUUAAAUUAGUUCAUUAAAUCUUGGGAGAACAUUUUGUAAAUUUCAUUGUAAGAAUUGAAGCUCAUGUCCAAA